AUGGCUUCACAAUCAUCUCUGUACGUUUUUACUGCAUUUCUCGCCGCCAUAAUCGGCUCAUCAACUGCUCACCAAUUCGUCGUCGGAGGUAAAUCCGGUUGGAUCAUAAACCCAUCUGAGAAUUACAAUCACUGGGCUGAGAGGACUAGGUUUCAAGUCAACGACACUUUAGUUUUCAAGUAUAAGAACAGAGAAGACAAUGUUUUGAUCGUUAACAGAAGAGAUUAUGAUAGCUGUAACAUAAACAACCCUAUCGAGAAAAUCGACGGCGGCCAUUCCGUCUUCAAGUUUUACCGAUCAGGCCCUUUCUAUUUUAUCAGCGGCCAUAAUGAUAACUGUCAGAAGGGACAAAAACUAAUCAUCGUUGUUUUGGCCGUCAGAACCAAGUAUCCGCCGCCGCCGUCAUUUCCUCAUCAUGCUCCGGCGCCUUCCGGCGGUGAGACAACAUCACCUGCUCCAGCACCGGCAGAUGAGGGAGGGGAUCAGACAUCAUCACCGGCUCCGGCGACUCGGGGUGGGGAUGAUUCAAGACCGGUUCCGGCAACUAUUUCGGUUCCGCCGGCACAUAAAUCUGCAGCAAGUGGAGUGAGCGGACGUCAAUGGGUGGUGACUGCUGCUGAAAGAAGGUUGUUGCUAGCACUUCUUCAGACUAUUGCUGAAACAAGGUUGCUGUUAGCGCUUCUUUAG